AUAACUGAGCAAAUAAGUCGCAAUCGUGCCGCCGAGGACGACUGACGACCGUUUCACAACAAAGUGAAUCGACUUAGUAAUGUUGUACAGAAAUUCUCGUAUCUUUCGUUUCUGCUUCGCCUCCGAUAUUCCAUCGAGUUCACCCGAUCGCGAUGUGUCAUCUCGACGCGCUUAAAUGCAUCUGAACUAAAGAAUCCCCGAGAGAUUCUUCGCGCGUGCGAAGGAACCAAUUUUUCGCACCCCCCGUUGAAAAGUUUUCGCCUCGUAAUAAAACGAAGGAUUAAAUUUCAGUUGGACGAAAUGUUAUCUGUAAGAAUAAAGUGCUCGAGAAAUUUUACACUUUUUUUUCCAUCAAGCGUCAAAAGUGAAUCACGUAGAUUCACGAAUCUCGUAUUAUAUCGCCGCAUCUGAAAGGAUAGAUUCCCUCUUUGUGAAACAAUAGAAAAAAUAAAAAUUCAGCGCUGGCGGUGCAUCGUGCCUCAGGAUGAUAUAACAAACUGACGUGUUCAAUCUUUGCAUGAGUAAACGAAAUUCAUCAAAUUCCGCCGGUAUCCGCGCGGCGUAGAUAUCUCCGUCGGGGAUACGUCGUGUAUUCGCCGUUUACGGUGCCAAUCCAACCACCGUACGCGAUAUAUAAAUAAAAAUGUCUCGCGUAGCUACCAUGAGACAAGGCGCAGCAGGUGUGCGAGAGGUGUCGCGCCUUUAACUUCCGACUAAUCGUCGAUGUAAUGUUGUCGCGAUGUCUCUCACUUCGAGAACAAACAGAUGGGCCUCGAGAGUAAUCAUUAUAUUACAGUUGGCCACCUGGAAUGCCGUCGGCAUCAUUCUGCUUCACAGAGGCGUCAGCACCUUGCGUAGGAGAAUCCUGGAUACCAAUUACGUUGAGGCAAAUUCACCGGCUGGUUUGGACGUUGAAUCUACUGUGUCGUCUAUGAGACGCGACGGAAGCGAAUACGAUCCCGGUGUGAUAUCCACCCAGCCACAAUCGAUCGACGGGGAUGCGAAGGUAAUAAUUCGGGUAGAGCCAGAAUCGUCGCGUGACGACAAGAAUAUUUCUGGAUUAGAUAUAAUUAGAAGCGAGCAAUUAAAAGAUGUAUCCGAAAUCAUUUCGGAAAAGAACCAACUCUUUUCUUCGUAUCCAUUCGGAUAUUUGACGACGGAUGGAGGAACGCGACUCGAGAACUAUUUAACGGAAAAAGAUCGGCGCAUCGAUGAUGCUCACCUUGGGAGUAAAAAUGCAUCCAGCAAGAUUUCGAGGAUAGCGAGGAACAGGGAGGAUAUCCUCGAGAACAUCUUGAGGAACGAUACGAUCGCUUCGAUCUCGGAUCAUUCGAGGGAGGAGAAGAAUAAGGGGCGGGAGGAGGAUCUCGAUUUCGCGGAAAAUGCGACGCAAGAUAAAAUAGAGACGUCAUCCAGUCGCGAGGAGAUCGAUGAUGAUGAUCAAUUCACGGAUGUCUGGAGAGGCAAAAACAACAUUAGAUUCUCGCGAGUCAGCGUGGACGGCGCGACGACGGCCGUCGCUCUCGUGGCGAUCGGAGCGAUCAUGCUGCUGGUGGGACCGGUCGUCGUUAUAUUGCGGAUUCUGGAUGAGAGGAGACAAGCAUUGAAGCUGAUCGCGAUGCCGAACGCGCGAGAAGAUCUGCCGCCGACGUACGAGCAGGCCGUCCUCAUGGGCGAAGCACCGAGAUAUUCGACUCUCGCUUUGAACGACGAACGCACGCCACCACCCUCGCCAUCUCUCUCGACUACUUAUACUUUUUCAAAUGUCGCGACAUAACCGUAUUUUAAGUGGCAUUACGAGAUGAUUGUUGCUUUUUUACUUCCGAUUCUGUCAACCGAAGAAUGGCAAAAACGGAGGAUAUUUUUAUAUAAUAAAAUAUUUAUUAUUAAA